GGGUGGCGUUUUAAGGUCAAGAUCCUUAGAAUGUGGGAGGUCCCUGCAUUUCUGAACCUUGAUCAGCCAAACUCUUUGGAGAUGGUGUUGAUUGAUGAGAAGGGUGACAAGAUUCAUGCCACUGUUCGCAAGCAGUUGUUGUAUGUUUUUCAGAAAAAGUUGGCUGAAGAAGAUGCAUACAAGAUGUUCUAUUUUUCAAUUGCUCCAAACGUUGGUUAUUAUCACACUACUACACAGGAAUUCAAGCUCAUUUUCCAGAUGAAGACAAAGGUUCAGAAGAUUGAAAGUUCUGCCAUUCCAGACAAUGGACUUUCAGUCAGCAAGAUUGAAGAUUUGUCCAAGCAUACUGUUGAUUAUCCAUUUUUAGUUGGUAGUUUUUGAUUAAUUGAGUAAUUUCAUUAUCUAUGAUUUUGUUUAUGUUUUGUUGUGGUUGUUUAUGAUGAUUCUGAUUGAAUUGGUAGAUGUUGUAACAGCCCGAUUUUCGCUAGAUUUAUUUUAAUUGUUUUAA